UGCAAGURCACACAUAUGAAUGGUGUGUGCGAUACCUUCGCUUGACAUUUGGAACUGAAAAUUGUCCAAAAUGCAGAAGAACGACAAAAAACACUUUGUUUGUAUUCCAGAUAUCUCUGAGCUAUUACCAAUACGCGAAUACCGUUGCGAAUUCGAUUGCGGCAAGGUGUUCAAGAACCGAAAUCCCUACGAAGUGCACCUGCAGAAGAAGCACGGGGUCGCAAUCCAGGCAAAUCCAAUCAAAUGCUUUCACUGUCCCGUCGAAGACUGCGAGUACAGCGGUGCACGGCUAGACCUUCUGCGUCGCCAUUAUCAGAGUCAUCACAUGGAGAAGAAAUACGAUUGCAGUGCCUGCAAUCGCAAAUUUAUAACGGAAUGCCAAUUCCAGAGACACCGGUGCGAAGUGCAGAUCUACACGUGCCACAGCUGCUCCAGGGUCUUCAAUUUUCUGAACCGACGCAAUAGACAUGCCUUGCGUUGCGCCAUGAGAAACACUACUUCCGUGUCGUCUCCCGACUUCAUCGACGUGGAAAGUGUAGAGAAAGUUGACAACAACGUAGAUUGGGUGGAGUCCGAAAUCAACGACGAGGUAACUGUCGAUGCCGCGCCGUCCCCCGACAUCAUCGAGGUGGAAAUUGAAGAGACAGUUGAUAACAUCGUUGAUUCUGUGGAAUCUGACGUAAAUGAUGUAACCAUCGAUGAAUUAGAGCAACUGCUAAAGAAUAUUGAAAAUAAUGUCGUUAGGGACCCCGAAUUGAUCCAGGAAUUGGCMGCCUUAACCCCGCUUUUGGAGAGUCUACAGUCAUAA